CAUACUUUUAGGAUCACAUUGUCGAUUUAUCCACUCGUGUUUUUCUCGCCUGCAUUUGCUGCAAAAACUGGAAACAAGCAACUCAAUAUCAAUAAUCCUUAUAAUUAAAGACGUAUCCUUUACCCGCAAACAUCCAAAGACUUAAUGUAAUAUCAUUUACAAGGCGCAAUUAUAUAUUUAAGUGAAAUAUAAAAUUAUAAGUUACAAGUAGUAAGUGAAAAGAUGGCGAAAAACAAAAGUACUGUCUACCUUGGCUUUGAGGAUGAGGAAAUUACUAGCAAACAUGGAUCCAUAUUAAACAGUACGGUGAAUAAAAUUGGUGGAACACCGGAUUGGCCCACUGGUGAGAUAAAAGUGCCUUCGUGUCCGCUCUGUGGCACAGCACGCCCAUUGAUCGUACAGCUUUAUGCGCCAUUGGAGCAGUCCAAAUUUCACCGCACCUUAUAUGUGUUUGCAUGUUUGAAUCCGGCCUGUUCACAAGAUUCCAAGAGUUGGUUGUGCAUACGUACACAGCAUCUGGACACACCGAGUGAGGCGGAAUUAAUAAAUGCCGUACCGCCACCACUGACAGCGGGUGGUGGUGGUGGUGGAAAGAAAAAGAAGAAUUACAAACAAGCGGCAAAUGCAAUGCAACCGCAAAAAAUUGCAUGGUGCAGUGGGGCAGAUGACUGGGGUGAAACUUUGGAAGAGAGUAGCACUGCUGCUGGCACCGGCAUCGAGCGUAUGGAUACAGGUGCGGAUGAAUUACAGCAUCAGAAUGAAGAAAACGGUAAUGUGGUUGGGAAGAAUGAUAACUCGCCCACGCGUGCUGUACACUUACCACAUGCCGACUCGGGUAACAGCGAUGGCGAUGAAGAUGACGAUGACGAGAGCAAUUCAAUGGAUAACGAACUUGUUUAUGGCUUCGGACAGCUCGAUAUGCAUUCGCCACAAAACGCUGUUGAGGAUCCCAACGCCAAUUGUGCUGCAGGCAAUGCGGCCGCCGCGGCUGUUGUAGAGGGUGGCGCGAUGAUGGGUUUCGGCGGUGCUACUGCAACUAUUUGCGCUGAAAUCGAGGGCGCCGAAACGGACGUGGUGCUGGUAGAGACGCCAGUCAAGCCUGAGCGUGACUUGAUUGCACUAUUGAAACACACUGCAUCGCCUGCGGCUCUGGGACCACUUGCCAAAAUUUCCGAUGUGACUUUGAAACCUUUCUUCAUCGCAGUGGAUAUGGAGCAGCACCAUAAACGUGGUGAAUAUGAAAACUAUUCUGGCGCUUUAUCAGCGGAUCACAUACGUGAACUAUACCAGGAGUAUAAGCGGCAGGACGAGGCGGCACAUUCACCGAAUGGCGCUGGCGCGAUUGGUGGUGGUGUUGCUGCUGCCGCAGAUGAUCAAGAGGCUUAUGAGAAAGCUUUACCAGCACAUGGCGAUGUCAUUUUCCACCAAUUCGUCAGUGUUUUACAGGAAAAUCCAGGGCAAAUAAUCAGGUAUUCACGCGAUACACUACCACUCUUGAUGGGACCACUAUCCGAACCAAUACCUAAAUGUGUCAACUGCAAUGGCGAGACCAUAUGCGAGAUCCAAAUUCUUUCUACACUCAUACCAAAGUUGCGUCUGGCGCAAAACAGCGAACCGGCACCCAUAGAAUAUGGCAAUGUUUUGGUGUUCACCUGUCUGAAAUGCUGUUGGGAUACACCAGACAAAAUGCGCUACGAGCGAGUCAUCGUGCAAGCCGAACAAUAAGCUAGCUUACAAGUCAAUUGUUGGAAAGGCACUUGUGUGGAAAUCUGCACACUGAGGAUCCUAGUAUCUAGCGAAAUGCUUGAUUUUAUUUGUGAAUUUCUUAGGUUUAGCUUACGAUUAAACUAACUAAAGUACCCGUAUUUAGGUCUGACGACAUUACAAUGAAACUAUGGAAACGUUAAAUUACGAAAGUAUGUACCUAGAUGCGUUUACAAAGUGAAACUACUUCAAUUACAAAAAUUAAAAACUUAUAAACACCCUCUACAUGCAUACGUAUAGUAUAUAUAAAUGCUAUAUAUAUAUAUAUUAGUCCACGUUGCUACAACGAACGCAGGACCUUUUAAAUUAGUAAAAAAAACGAACGAGCAAACCAAAAGCUUAUUUACCAGUUGAAAGUUUUAAAUUAUAACCAGCAGCAAUUUGAGUAAACAAAAAUAUUAGUAGCGUAAAAUGUAAGUAACGGUAAUUUCAAAAAUGAUUAGGUAAUAGGUUUCUCUCAGCGAGUUAGUUUUAGGAACAAAGCGUAGCUUGUCAAUUUUAAUAAACUAUUUCAAAUCAAAUGAACUUAAAAUUUAUUAAUUAAUACUUUUUUUUAUUUCACAUA